GGCUCUGGGUUUUUUUGACAGUAAAAGAGAAACGGCGCGGCCAAUUGGAAGGAAAAAAAUAGCAGCACAAUCACACCCCUGUUUUUCGUUUUCAAUUUUCUUCUUGUUCAAAGUGUUUGGAGAAAAGACAGGGCCAUGGCUUCUCCACUGCUUCUCACUAUCCUCCUCACCUUCUUCGUCUGCUCCCCUGUUGCCACUGCUUCUAACAGUAACUAUUCAUUAGUUGUUGAUCAAAUUCCAUCAUUGAAUCUGAGUCCAAGUUUGCUGGUGGACAAAUCUCCUGCUUUUAAACCCGGCACCAAACUAGCUUGUGAAAGAGUGGAUAUUACCGGCUUGUCGAGGCUAAAAAAUAUUAGAAAGUUUGCCAAUUCGGUGAAGGUGAAUGUGUCAUAUGUAUUACCAAGCAGUCGUCUGCCAAUUGUUCACAUCUGCUUUCACAGGAAUGCAUCUCUAGGAGUAGGGAUGUGCCCUCAGGGUCCGUGGGGAAAAUUUUCCAAGGAUUCAUGGUCUAGAACCAUGUCACCCUUCGACCACAAGCUUCUAGAUAUAUGUAUUCCAGGAUCUUCCUCAGUAGAUCUGAAGGUGUCAAUUGAUGAAGAUUUUAGCUAUUCUCGCAUCAUGUUUUUGAUAUGUGGGAGUGCAUUAAUGACAAUAGCUUGGUUCGUGAGUAAGUCGCUAAUUUUUUACUACAGUAGCGCAAUGGCAGUAGGAGUUCUCCUUGUGAUACUGAUGAUCCUCUUUCAGGGAAUGAAAUUACUACCAACUGGACGGAAGAAUUCUCUUGCAAUGUUUAUCUACGCGUCUAUGUUAGGGUUUGGAGCUAUAAUAUUCCGUGAUGUGCCAAGACUAUUGUUACAUUCAUUAUUUGGGGAGGCGGGAAUCGGUGAAGAGUACAAUCCUUUAAUUAUAUUUAUACUGCUUUUCCUUAUACUGUUUGGAGCUUGGCUGGGCUUUUGGGCGGUUCGCAAACUUGUUCUUGCAGAUGAUGGGUCAAUUGACAAGGGUGUAGCAAAUUUUGUUGCCUGGUCCAUCUGGAUUCUUGGUGCUGUCAUGGUUUUGCAGAGUUCUGUGGAUCCUCUACUGUCAGCUGUGAAUUUAGUUUCUGGAAUAUUGGUUUCGAUCGUCCUGAGGAAUACCAACCUAUAUAUGAUACUGCUCCACUUGUAUGAGUCUGCUCUAGAAGUAAUGCUCCAAUUGUACGCUUCUGUUUCGGAAUCACUGUUUUACUUGUACGAGUCUGCUCUAGAAUUACUGCUCCGCUUCUACGAGUUUGCCCUAGAUAUACCUAUUUACUUCAGAAACUUUUUUAGAAAAGGCGGGAGCAGACACAGAAGAUCUCGGAAUCCAGAAGCAAUAUCAUUUAGAGACGCUUACCGACCUACCGUGGAACAAUCAAUUUCAGAUUCUGAUCCAUUUUACUCUACUUUCCAUACUACACCUGAAAGAAGAAAAUUUUCGAAGGAGGAAUGGGAGAAGUUCACGAGAGAAACAACAAAAACUGCCUUGGAAGGGCUGGUUUCUUCUCCAGAUUUUAGCAGAUGGGCUGUUGCUCACGCCGACAGAAUCACUUUGACCCCUACCAAGGAUUCUGCUAAACAACCAAGAAGACGGCUUCCUUGGUUUUAAGUGUGUAAUUAUUUCCGGCAUGUACACUUCUAGUUAUGGUAUUCUAACCUUGACGUGAAGGGCUGACCUACAGAAUUAACCUAAUAUUUAUUUUGUUAGUACACUCUACAUAUAAGAGCAGUGUUGCAGGAGUUUGUUAAUAGUAUAUAUUAGCUUGUAAAAACUCUUGUCCUUCCAUAGCUGGAACUUGUUUGUACAAUGCUAAAUUAUGGGACUCCAAAUUCAGAUGCGCCUUUAACAUGUACUCA